AUGCGCUUGGCAUGCAUUUAUUUGCAGAGGUUUGCCUUACUGUUGGCACCUGUAAUUUCUGAAGACUUCCUGUGGCUGAGUCAAAGCUAUGAUGAGAUUCCCCAAUGGCUGCUGGAUAUAUCCGAGAACGUGAACAGUUUCGUUUUGGUAGGGAUCUUUGGGCCCUGUUCUGGCAGCACCAGAACCGCUAAGAUCCGACGUUUGUGCCUGGAGCUCGGCUUGGACUCAGGACGGGGACACAAUCGAGUGGUGCAACUGGGGGAUGUUUGGGAGAAGGAGCGGGGAAGGAGGUUUCACUAUUUCAUCUAUGCCGACGACAAUGGCGAGUUUACUUUCAAGCCCGGAUGCUCUCCUAGUGGCUGCGGCGAUAUCGGCUUGACACCUGAACCGGAUGAGACGGCGCCUCGGUUCUUUCAGCGUCUGCUACUCGUGCAGCAGCCGGCAGUAUCGUCCCCAAUCUUGGGGGAUGAGGAUUGCCGGCCGGAGAGGAUGUUCAGCUGCUCCACCGUCUUUGACCGGAAGUGUAUCGCUUUCCAUUGGUCAGUUCGGCGCAACUUUCGAGUGUUCGAAGACUUCGUGGAGGUGUCCAUGCUCGCCGCUGCCACUUGUUCUCUCAACGAGGUGAUGGAAGCAGCCUAUCGUGGAUACACGUGGUCCUACCGGGCUUUUCAGACUACCGGGAACCGCACGCGCUAUCAUGAGCACAGAGGAAACUACAUCCGAAACAUGCAUCCUUGCUUCCCCCGCAAAGUUCCGGGUGGCUACCGGGACAGUCAACUCGUCGCCUGGAUGCGGCCGCAACUCUCUCGCUGCGCUUCCGAUCAGCUGGGCCCAUCAUCCGAGCUUCAGCGCGGUUGCGAUCCGGAAGACCAGUGUCUGAAUCCUCCUCUGAACGUGGAUUAUUCGACUUUUCUACCCUGCUCUCCGUGGGCAAAGGGUGAGGACUACUGCAUGAAGAAGCCAACAAGUGUGACACGUCUUCCAAAGGUGGACGGACGGCGCUUUGUGAAUUUGUACAUGGGUGGCAUGCUGGGGCAUGGAUUGCCGGAUAUUCCACAGUUGGAUCCGACCAGCUCCCGGGAUCGGCUUUGUGCCCUUGGCCGCCGCAACUACAAGGGCCUGGUUCGCCACUUCGCAUCCAGGCCUACGAUGAGAAAGAUAUCUCAUCUGCCAGCCGACGGACAUUGCAACGACCUCUGCAACGCGCUGUUGAUAGGGGCCACAGUCCAUGCUAAGCAUCCCAGCCACGCCGUCGCCGAGGUGAAGUUGCAAGCUAUAGACGAAAGCCACAUCUGCAUGACAAGCUUUCUCCGCACCUGGUCAAUGAUGGACCUCCUCGGCUCAGGAUGGACUUCAAUGUACGAGUUGUUGCAGCGGGAGGUUGAGCGUCGCUCCCCCCAAAGCCAGGUUGGAGCCAGGGACCCAGUUGCUUUGACGGCGGACGUCCCGCGGGAGGUCUGGGAAUCCAUUUCGAUUCCGGGGGACCUCGGCUGGAGCGAUUAUCCAUGUCAGGUAGACACCUUUGUGAGGCUGAUUCUUCGGGGUGUUGAAAAUUCAACACUCCGUGCUGGAUUUGUGCAUGCGGCACAGACUUACAUCUUCAGCUGUGAGAUCGCGUCAUGGUUGCACCCAAGUAUGGCAUCCGUUUGGGCCGUCAUCGUGCUCAUCGGACGUCUGGGCGUGAAUGUUGAGGUCGCGUCGCCUUGUGACUCAUAA